AAGCAGCAGCGUCUGAGUCGACACACAGCUCCACCUCCUGAUCAUGUGUUUAUACCGUUAGACCUCUUUAUUCCGAGUCCAUGGAUCAAUGUGCAAAACAUUUCACCCUGGUGUAGCUUUAACUGGGAAUAAUGGGCCUCCUGGAUAAACUGUCCGGGUGGCUGGGACUGAGGAAGAAGGAGGUCAACGUUCUGUGUUUGGGAUUGGAUAACAGCGGUAAAACCACAAUCAUCAACCAGCUGAAACCUGCCAACCAUUCGAACCUUUUAGGCCCUUUAUCAGAGGACUGGAAGCAUGCUAGUCAGGCUCAAACCCAAGAAAUCGUCCCUACAAUUGGAUUCAACAUCGAAAAGUUCAAGAGUUCAAGCUUGUCCUUUACAGUGUUUGACAUGUCCGGGCAGAGCAGAUACAGAAACCUAUGGGAGCACUACUAUAAGGAAAGUCACGCCAUCAUAUUUGUUAUUGACAGCAGUGACAAAUUGCGAAUGGUUGUUGCCAAAGAGGAGCUGGAUACUUUACUCAACCAUCAAGAUAUUCGCAGGAAGAAAAUUCCUGUUUUGUUCUUCGCCAACAAGAUGGACCUGCGUGAUGCCGUGUCUUCGGUCAAAGUUUCACAGCUGCUGAGUUUGGAGAACAUCAAAGACAAACCAUGGCAUAUUUGUGCCAGUAAUGCUAUCGCGGGGGAAGGCCUGCAGGAAGGCUUAGACUGGCUUCAAGGUAGAGUACACGUUUGCUACAAACACAACAUGCCUCCAUUUAAAUAUGUAAAGGUCGCGACUAAUUUCAUCUUGUCUUUUCUAAAAACAAUAGAACAAAUUGCACAGUAAGUAUUUGCAUCACUUGUGGAUGUGUUGUCGUGUUGGAGUCAUCUAACAAAACACAAGAAUGUGUCCCUUUGUGGCUAGUUGCAGAACUAGCUGACCUUAAAACUAGUCUCACACAUCAACGUUGACAGAGUCCAGUCAGUUGUUAGCUACUUGGUAUUAUUUCUUCUCCAUUAGUGAACGCAUGACCCUGUGGCCAUCAGGACAACAUCUACUGUAAAACCUUAUUAGUCAAGCUCCUUUACGGAUCAACACAACAGCUAAAGUGAAUGCUACUCAGUUGCGCAGUUGUUCUCUCCCUUGCUGUGUUUUCAAGGCAACUGAAAAGCCAUAAAGUACCUAUGUUAAUUCAGAGGACAUGUUUCACCUUCAGUUGCAAGUUUGUGUGAAUUUUUUAUUUCUUUCUCUCCAACCAGAUCAUGUCAAAACAAUGACCACCUGAAGGAUUAAGCUGCCUGUGAAUAAGCAGUUGGAGAUGUUCACCCCACCUACAUGCUGGCCUUUCUGUCUAUGCAUGACUUUAGUGACUAUGAUAACAACCAUGCUGCUCUUUAUAUAUGUCCUCUACCUGAUGACGGGAAAAAGAAGCAUUAAACAUUUUUGAAAGUAUC